CGCUUUAGAUUCUUCUGUAAUUUUGCGGGGAUUCAGCCUUGCUCGGCGAUUCACGGCCCAGGCAGAGAGAAUCGGGAUUGCUGGCCGAACCGCCUCUGUCAGUCUGAGUCUCUUAUUUAAAGAAGGGAUGUGGGCUGGGGUGAGGGGACAGAGUCCUGGUGGAGCGCGGAAAAUGCGUCUCUAAAGAGUAAUUGGCUUAUUGUGCCGAUAUCCCAGAAAGUUCUUAAAAUUGUUAAAUCCACUUUGUCCUCUAAAAUGGACUUCGCUUUGAGAAUUUCUCAGGGAGGUACGUAAAGUGUUUUACCACAAUCUCCAGAGUAGAUUUGAGAGAGGAAGUGGCCAAGUGCCUUUCUGUGCAGUUGAAUGAUAGAGCAUAUGCUUUUAUAUAAAAAUAUUCGGCGUAGAUAAGAAAAAGGAUAAUCGUGUACAGUAUGAGUCAGGACUCCUCCCUUUCUCAUUGAAUUUGCGUAGUAGCUUUUUUCGCAACUCGAUUCAUUUUUGUGUACCUCUUUUUAAUGUAUAUAGAUUCGAUUUUUGUGUGCCUGCUUUCUGACAGGCGAGGCUACUUGUUGGGACGUCCUACAAAAUACAUAUUUUGUAGAAUUAUUUAAUAUUACAUGUCUUGAGCUUAAAGUUGUGCCAUUUGGAAUAUUUUAAAACCAUUUGUAGCUUUUAAGCUCCAGUCCAAAUACGAAAAUAUUCCUCCCCUAUGUUGAAAGUUUUACGAAAUCCGUUUUUCUUUUUCAGUUAAGGGUUUUCUUUUUUUGUUGUUGCUUUUUUGUUUGUUUUACAGGCUGUCUUACUGGUAUUUCUUAAGGGUGUUCAUAUUUUUUCAUUACUUCAAAUUUUUUAAGGCUGGUUUUAAAUUUGUAUUUCAAGUAACUUUCUGAGGAUUAUUGUAUUUUAACAAAUUAGAUAAUUUACUAUCACUUUUUACAUUUAAAGAAUGACGAUACAACAAAAUCUUUUUGCUCUUAUGUUGUAGUGGAGACAAGAUUUCAUGUAUUUGGUUAGGAUUUACAAAUCUUGUCAGGAUUUAGAGAAAAAAGGUUAAAACUAUAUUUCUUAACAUACAAAAGUUGUCUUGCUGAGAGAAUCCAAUUUGGUGUGGGAAUAGCUUUUUUCUUCCGUACACAAAGCACAAAAGCCAGCCUCAUUCUGUCUGGAAAAAACCAUUAUGUUAUAGGUGUGAAAAAUAUAUUUCAUGAUUUGUGGUGAUUUUUGUCUCAUUUUAACUCCCAAUACUAGGUGCUUCUGUAUGCCACCAAACAAGCUAAUUUUUUUUCUUGCUAUUUUAGUUGAUAGGCUCACCCCAAAUAUGCUUUUUGGGACUGAUUUAGCACCCGCAUAUUCUGCGUGAAUCUCUUUAUUGAUUGCAGUUGAGCUAAUGGUGGAGCCAAAAUGCUAUUGCCCUGUCUUCAUCAACAUUUAAUCAAGUGUUGCAGAGAUAGGAACAUGGGGGAGAAACAAUCUGGAUAACAUGAAAGUGAUGCUGCUGGCUAAGGGAAGACAACUUGAUUCUGUGGGAAGGGCUGUAGCUGAUCCAUCUAUUGUCUAGAUUUGAGUAUGAGCACAGUGGAAGAGGAUUCUGACACAGUAACAGUAGAAACUGUGAACUCUGUGACUUUGACUCAGGACACAGAAGGGAACCUCAUUCUUCACUGCCCUCAGAAUGAAGCGGAUGAAAUAGACUCAGAAGAUAGUAUUGAACCUCCACAUAAAAGACUUUGUUUGUCCUCUGAGGAUGAUCAGAGUAUUGAUGAUUCUACUCCUUGCAUAUCAGUUGUUGCACUUCCACUUUCAGAAAAUGAUCAGAGCUUUGAGGUGACCAUGACCGCGACCACAGAGGUGGCAGAUGAUGAGGUUACUGAGGGGACUGUGACGCAGAUCCAGAUUUUGCAGAAUGAGCAACUAGAUGAAAUAUCUCCUCUGGGUAAUGAGGAAGUUUCAGCAGUUAGCCAAGCAUGGUUUACAACUAAAGAAGAUAAGGAUUCUCUGACUAAUAAAGGACAUAAAUGGAAGCAGGGGAUGUGGUCCAAAGAAGAAAUUGAUAUUUUGAUGAGCAAUAUUGAACGCUAUCUGAAGGCACGCGGAAUAAAAGAUGCUACAGAAAUCAUCUUUGAGAUGUCAAAAGACGAAAGAAAAGAUUUCUACAGGACUAUAGCAUGGGGUCUGAACCGGCCUUUGUUUGCAGUUUAUAGAAGAGUGCUUCGCAUGUAUGAUGACAGAAACCAUGUGGGAAAAUAUACACCUGAAGAAAUUGAGAAGCUCAAGGAGCUCCGGAUAAAGCAUGGCAAUGACUGGGCAACAAUAGGGGCGGCGCUAGGAAGAAGUGCAUCUUCUGUCAAAGAUCGGUGCCGACUGAUGAAGGAUACUUGCAACACAGGGAAGUGGACAGAAGAAGAAGAAAAGAGACUCGCAGAAGUGGUUCAUGAAUUAACAAGCACUGAGCCAGGUGACAUAGUCACACAGGGUGUGUCUUGGGCAGCUGUGGCUGAACGAGUGGGUACCCGCUCAGAAAAGCAGUGUCGUUCUAAAUGGCUCAAUUACCUGAAUUGGAAACAGAGUGGGGGUACUGAAUGGACCAAGGAAGAUGAAAUCAAUCUCAUCCUCAGGAUAGCAGAACUUGAUGUAGCUGAUGAAAAUGACAUUAACUGGGAUCUGUUAGCUGAAGGAUGGAGUAGUGUCCGUUCACCACAAUGGCUACGAAGUAAAUGGUGGACUAUCAAAAGGCAAAUUGCAAACCAUAAGGAUGUUUCGUUCCCUGUCUUAAUAAAAGGUCUUAAACAGUUACAUGAGAACCAAAAAAACAACCCAACGCUUUUGGAGAAUAAAUCAGGAUCUGGAGUUCCAAACAGUAAUACCAAUUCCAGUGUGCAGCAUGUUCAGAUAAGAGUAGCCCGCUUGGAAGAUAAUACAGCCAUCUCUGCCAGUCCCAUGGCAGCAUUGCAGAUUCCAGUCCAGAUCACCCAUGUCUCUUCAACAGACUCUCCUGCUGCUACCGUUGACUCAGAAACAAUAACACUAAACAGUGGAACACUACAGACAUUUGAGAUUCUUCCAUCUUUUCAUCUACAGCCCACCGGCACUCCAGGCACCUACCUACUUCAAACAAACUCAAGCCAAGGCCUUCCCCUAACUCUGACCGCCAGUCCCACAGUAACCCUGACAGCUGCUGCUCCUGCUUCUCCCGAACAGAUCAUUGUUCAUGCUUUAUCCCCAGAACAUUUGUUGAACACAAGUGAUAAUGUUACAGUGCAGUGUCACACACCAAGAGUCAUCAUUCAAACUGUUGCCACAGAGGACAUCACUUCUUCCAUAUCCCAAGCAGAACUGACGGUAGAUAGUGAUAUUCAGUCAUCUGAUUUUCCUGAGCCUCCAGAUGCCCUAGAAGCAGACACUUUCCCAGAUGAAAUUCAUCACCCUAAGAUGACUGUGGAGCCAUCAUUUAAUGAUGCUCAUGUAUCCAAAUUCAGUGACCAAAAUAGCACAGAACUGAUGAAUAGUGUUAUGGUCAGAACAGAAGAAGAAAUCUCUGAUACCGACCUUAAACAAGAGGAGGAAUCACCCUCUGAUUUAGCCAGCACUUAUGUUACUGAGGGUUUAGAGUCUCCCACUAUAGAAGAGCAAGUUGAUCAAACAAUUGAUGAUGAAACAAUACUUAUCGUUCCUUCACCACAUGGCUUUAUCCAGGCAUCUGAUGUUAUAGAUACUGAAUCUGUCUUGCCUUUGACAACACUAACAGAUCCCAUACUCCAACAUCAUCAGGAAGAAUCAAAUAUCAUUGGCUCAUCAUUGGGCAGUCCUGUUUCUGAAGAUUCAAAGGAUGUCGAAGAUUUGGUAAACUGUCAUUAGAAUAAUUCCUAAAAAUAAGCAGUUCAAGCAAGCCACACUGUUAAUUACAUCUUCAAAGAAAUAGGAGCAACCCCCAAGAGGCUUAAUUUACCAAUUUAAAUAGCUACAGUGCUUAAGCCACACACAUUGUUGCUGCUAUGACUUUUUACCUCCUUUAAACACAUCAUCUGAUGUUGAGUUUUAUGACAGUGUGUAGUUGAGUGGAGGCUGGUGGUUUUAAGCGUAAAUCCCUAUGUUUAGUAUUUACAUGGCAGUAGGGAAUUUCAUUCACUUCAGCCACUGAGAAAAGUUUAAAAUCACAAAAGCUUAACUGCUGUGGUUUUAAAAAGUACAGUUUCACUAAAGAUCAGACAUGACUCCCUCUCUCAAGUAAGCCUGGUUCUAGUUCAUUUCAACAUGGUCUAGAGCUUACCCAUGAUCUUCUGUUCUUCAAGAAGACUAAGUUUGAGGCUUGACCAGUAUACUUACGAGGUGGUCACAUUUGAUUAACCCAUUGUUGGCAGUGGGGGCUGAUUUAGGCAGGGUAAAGAGGAAAGCAUUAAAAAGAGUUAAAAUUCACUACAGGGCUUUUUGUUACUUUUAAAGGGAAUAUGAUAAGCAUUGUAACAAAACCCACCAGAAGCUAAGCAGUUUUCACCCCCUCAGAAACCACUGUCAUUAGUUUACAAAGUUAACACUUUUAAGUAAAACUAAAUGGGGAAGGAAGUAAUGUUGUCUAUCCUGAUACCAUGACCAUUUAUUACAUUUUGCUAUAUAAAUUACCCAGAAAAUAGUUUGUCAUUCAUUUAGUGUGUUAGCUGGCGGGGUACAAUAUAAAUUCUCAUCUCAGGCAGUUUGAAAAAACAAAACAAUAUUUGCUUCUAUAACAAAAGUAAACAAAUCUAAGUCAUUCCUAUACUGCAGAAGGGUUAAAGGCAAAGAUAGCCUCUUGGGUUUUUAAUGAAUAUGACCCCUAUAGAAAAGUCAAGAAAAAAAAAAAACUUGUAUAAAUUAUUUUAUUUAUUAUUGUAAUUAGAUCUUCACAAAGUUGUCUUUUGACUGUCUGUUUUGUUAACGUGAAAUUAAAUUGUAGUUAUAAAGCAAAAGUUGGUUGCCUAGGGAACAAUUGUAUAUUCAGUUUAACAAAAUAAAAGAAUAUUUGUCUUAAAA